AUGUCGGACGACGAGAAGACCAAGCAGCUGGCGGAGUACUCUGGUGUGGCUAAAGUAAUUGCUGCUCUGGUGAGAUCGGGGUAUCCACGAUUCGACCGUGGGAACUUCGUGGUGUGGACGACCAUGAUGGAGUGGGCGCUCGAGGCCAAUGAGCUCUGGGAAGCCGUCGACCCCGGCGGUGAGGAGUACCUGAAGGGUGGUGCCUUGUAUCGGAAGGAUCGUCAGGCUAUCACGGCCAUCUGCUCGGUGAUGCCGGUGGACGUGCAACAAUAUCUAAUCUCGAAGACAUCAGCGAAGGAGGCGCGGGACACACUCAAGACAUUGCAUCUGGGGCACUCGCGUGUGCGCGAGGCGAACUUGCAAACUUUGCUAAAAAGUUACGAGAAUCUGAGGAUGGGACAGGACGAGACGGUGGACGCUUUCGCAGCGAGGGUUGCCUUGAUGGUAAACGGGAUUCGCGGUCUCAGGGAGAAGCUAGAGGACAUCUCCGUGGCGCAUGACGAGCGGAUGAAAUUGAGUUACGGCGACGCGAAUCAGGAUGAGUACCUGAUGCUAACGCGUGCUCAGUGGCAGGCAAUCGUUUCCAAGGAGAACAAUUUCGACAAGGCGUCCAGUAGCAGUGGAAAGUACCGUCCCGCGAAGGACACCGACGAACAGCCGGAGAAGCCAAGGAAGAAAAAGUUCGACAAAAAGAAGAUCCGCUGCUACAACUGUAAUCUGUUAGGGCACUUCAAGUCAGAGUUCAAGAAUUCCCCGAACGAGAAGGUGCUCGUGACCCAGCAAGGUGAUGAAAGUGACAUGAUGUUGAUGUGUGAACUGGUGGACCAUGAGGAUCCAGUUCUUCAAGCGUCGGCUAAAGAAAUUGUCGCGCUCCGUGAAGAAAAAGUUCGCUCUCAAGAUCGUGGUUCGGAAACUCGUGGCGAUGCUAUGGACGCGGGGGUGAUUCCGAAACUUACAUUGAUGCCACGGGCAUAA